GGGGAGGGGGAGGGGACUGGGGCUUGGUAGACGGCGGCUCCUCUGCCUCUCUUAUUGCCGCUGAGUUGCGCUCCUCUUCCUCAGGCUGUGAGCAGGAGCCGCCCGGGCGCUUCCCCCUUCGCGGCCGGCCCGAGUCCCCGCGGCGGCGGCGGGCGGCGCGCUCGCUCCCGCCGGGGCAGAGCACCCCCGCCCCGUGCCCGAGCCCUCCCGGCAGAGCGCGUCCGAGGUGCCGGCAGCCCCGAGGAUUUUUGUCUGUCUUGUUUGUGUGUUUGUUUUUUUUUUUUUUCCUCGUUUUCAUUUGGCUUUCUAGUCUCGCUGGGAAUGGUAGGGGCAGUGGCGCCUGGAGAAGGAACAAGUGUGGGGAAAGGGAGAGGGAGCCGGAGCUAAAUGACAGGAUGCGGGCGACUUGAGGCGCAAAACGAGAAGCCAGCCUCUCUCUGCCACGGGGACUGCCCUUGCGGACCGCGCUUUCUGCUCCCAACUCCAGCUGGAGGAUUUAAGACCUAGGAAGAGUUGUGUGUGGAGGGCAUUUUUUUUUUCCUCCUUUCCCUGCGCUCGGAAGGCAAGAUGGAUUGGGGACUUCUGCUGCACUGUGCAGCCCUCACCUUCACCCUCGCCAGGGCUCUGCGAAGCGACAAAUGCGGCGACACUAUCAAAAUCUUAAACCCCGGGUACCUCACCUCUCCGGGCUACCCCCAGUCCUACCACCCAAGCCAGAAGUGCGAGUGGCUGAUCCAGGCCCCGGAGCCCUACCAGAGGAUCAUGAUCAACUUCAACCCCCACUUCGACCUGGAGGACCGCGACUGCAAGUAUGAUUAUGUUGAAGUGAUUGAUGGAGAUAAUGCUGAAGGACGCUUAUGGGGAAAGUACUGUGGAAAAAUUGCUCCUCCUCCUUUAGUGUCUUCGGGACCAUAUCUUUUUAUUAAAUUCGUUUCCGACUAUGAAACUCAUGGAGCAGGAUUUUCUAUCCGUUACGAAGUUUUCAAAAGAGGACCUGAAUGUUCCAGAAACUUUACUUCAUCAAGUGGAGUGAUAAAGUCUCCUGGGUUCCCUGAAAAAUAUCCCAAUAGCCUUGAAUGCACUUAUAUUAUCUUUGCACCAAAGAUGUCAGAGAUUAUACUGGAAUUUGAAAGCUUUGAACUAGAACCUGAUUCGAAUACUCCAGGGGGAGCGUUCUGUCGCUAUGACCGAUUGGAAAUCUGGGAUGGAUUCCCCGAUGUUGGCCCGCACAUAGGGCGUUAUUGUGGGCAGAACAACCCAGGCCGCGUUCGCUCAUCAACAGGGAUUCUUUCAAUGGUAUUUUACACCGACAGUGCGAUAGCAAAAGAGGGUUUCUCAGCAAACUACAGUGUGUCACAGGGCAGCGUAUCAGAAGAUUUCCAGUGCAUGGAACCACUAGGUAUGGAGUCAGGAGAAAUUCACUCUGACCAAAUCACUGUCUCCUCCCAGUACAGCACUAUCUGGUCUUCAGAAAGGUCCCGACUAAAUUACCCUGAAAAUGGAUGGACCCCAGGGGAAGAUUCUGUCAGAGAAUGGAUACAGGUAGAUCUAGGCCUUCUCCGCUUUGUUUCUGGAAUUGGGACCCAAGGAGCCAUCUCAAAAGAAACUAAGAAAGAAUAUUAUCUGAAAACAUACCGCGUAGAUGUCAGCUCCAAUGGAGAGGACUGGAUUACUCUUAAGGAGGGAAACAAGCCUGUCGUAUUUCAAGGGAACAGCAAUCCCACUGACGUUGUUUAUAGACCUUUUGCCAAACCAGUUUUAACACGUUUUGUGCGAAUUAGACCUGUAUCUUGGGAAAAUGGAGUAUCACUGAGAUUUGAAGUUUAUGGCUGCAAGAUAACAGAUUAUCCUUGCUCUGGGAUGUUGGGAAUGGUCUCUGGGCUCAUUCCUGACUCUCAGAUUACUGCAUCUACUCAAGUUGAUCGAAACUGGAUCCCAGAAAAUGCUCGCCUCAUAACAAGCCGUUCAGGCUGGGCACUACCACCGACUACUCAUCCAUAUACAAACGAAUGGCUUCAAAUAGACCUUGGUGAAGAGAAAAAAGUGAGGGGCAUAAUUGUUCAAGGAGGCAAGCACAGAGAGAACAAAGUAUUCAUGAAAAAAUUCAAGAUUGGCUACAGCAACAAUGGAUCAGAUUGGAAAAUGAUCAUGGAUUCCAGCAAGAAAAAGAUAAAGACUUUUGAAGGCAACACCAACUAUGAUACUCCUGAACUGCGGACUUUUGAACCUGUAUCGACUAGAUUCAUCCGAGUCUACCCUGAGAGAGCCACACACGGAGGACUGGGACUGCGAAUGGAACUGCUGGGCUGUGAACUUGAAGCUCCUACGGCUGUCCCCACCGUUUCCGAAGGCAAACCCGUAGAUGAGUGUGACGAUGACCAGGCAAACUGUCACAGUGGAACAGGUGAUGACUACCAACUGACAGGUGGUACUACGGUGCUGAAUACAGAAAAGCCAACAGUAAUAGACAAUACAUUACAACCAGAAUUGCCGGUAUACAAUUUCAACUGUGGAUUUGGCUGGGGUUCCCACAAGACUUUGUGCCACUGGGAACAUGACAACCAGGUGGAUUUAAAAUGGGCAAUCCUGACCAGCAAAACUGGGCCUAUUCAAGAUCACACAGGAGAUGGCAAUUUCAUUUACUCGCAAGCUGACGAAAGCCAGAAGGGCAAAGUCGCCCGGCUGCUGAGCCCUGUGAUUUACUCGCAGAACUCUGCCCACUGCAUGACUUUCUGGUAUCACAUGUCCGGCGCCCAUGUCGGCACCCUGAAGAUCAAACUGCGAUACCAAAAGCCCGACGAAUACGACCAGGUGCUGUGGACCCUGAGCGGGCACCAGGCAAACUGCUGGAAGGAAGGACGCGUUCUUCUUCAUAAGUCUGUGAAACAUUAUCAGGUGGUUAUCGAGGGAGAAAUUGGAAAAGGAAACGGAGGCAUUGCCGUGGAUGAUAUUAACAUUGACAAUCAUGUAGCACAAGAGGAUUGCCGAAAAUCAACUGAUGUGGAGAAUGAAAUAGAUGAAGAGGACCCAGAAAGUAAUCAAACAGGGUUUACACCUCCAUAUCAUACAGAUGAGGACUACAAUGAUAACAUCUCCAGGAAACCAGGCAACGUCCUGAAGACCCUAGAUCCAAUCCUCAUUACUAUCAUAGCCAUGAGCGCACUCGGGGUGCUUUUAGGAGCCAUCUGUGGAGUUGUCCUGUACUGUGCCUGUUGGCACAAUGGGAUAUCAGAGAGGAACUUGUCUGCACUGGAGAAUUACAAUUUUGAACUGGUCGAUGGUGUAAAAUUGAAAAAAGAUAAACUAAACACACAGAAUUCUUAUUCGGAAGCAUGAAGGUAUAAAGCGACUAGAGAAGUUUCAGAGAAUUGGAAUGGAAGGACAUAACUCGGUCGUGCUGGGGAACUGUUGAUAUUCUUUUACUGUACAGGCUGAAAAGUGCAUUGAUGACACUGAGCCAAGCUAUUCUCAGGAGCUUCAAUGAGUGUGUAACGGAUAAACAUGGACAACAAUCUGUGUUAACAAUCUGAAUCAUGUACAGUCUGCUUUUUCUGUUGGUUUUAUUUGAAAUAAUCAAAUGCUGGUGUUGAGACCAAGUAUGAUUGACUUAUAGUUCAUUAUGUCUUUCUUUCUCUCCCUCUCUUUCAUUUUCUUUUAAUGGAUAAUUUUGAUUUUACUGUGCAAAAAUCCAAGAUGCUGUCACAAACUGUAUUCAGUGGGGUCCUUUGGAUGGACAUGCUGUCUGUAGCUCAGUGCCCAGAAAAUGUUGGAGUAACACCAAUUUAGUGGACUCCUGCACCUGUAUUUGUGUAUAAUUGCUCGUGUUGUGCAUAGGCAAAGAAGGGUUAGGAUGUUUUUGAAAAGUACUGCUGCAUCAGUACCGAUAUAGUGUGUCAGCUCUGUUUACGAAGCAAUACAGUCAAAUUUUAUUGAUGUUUUUCAGUGUUGUACUAAAUUUUGUGCUUGUGAACUCCAUAAAAGAGUAUGUGCCAUCAUCAGACACAACUGGCAACCGAGUGUACUGCCUAAAAUCUAAACAAAAAAGUCCUUGGCACUGGCUAGUGUAUGUCCUCUCAAGUGCCUUUUUGUUUGUACUGCUUCUCAUUGUGUUAACACUAACUACAGCUCUGCUUCUCUCUAGUUAAGGCCCUUGUCUUUAAUCAUAUUCUGAUGCUCACUGACUAAAAAAAAAAAAAAAAAGUAUAUUUUACUUUGAGAAAGUAGCCUCAGCAAGGCAAGGACUAAUUAGACUUGACAACUUGGCUCGAUUGUUCUGCUUUCUGUAUUUCAAUUUCAUGUCUCUUGACCCUUUUGUAUAAAGCUGCAAUAUCCCCUUUUAUUGUUCUUUCAUAUAGAAUGUAUUUUCAAAUGUAAAAUCUCUCUCCCUCGCUCUUUCUCUCUCUCUUUCUCUCUCUGAGUAGAUUGCAUAAGCAUUUGCCAUUGCCAAGGAAAGAAAACUGCAGCUUUAACUUGCUGGUAAUGGCAAAGGAUUUUAUUAGAGUUUGUGUUAAAAAAUAAGGGAAAAUUUUAACUUUACCCUCCAAAGUCGAACUUUGGGUUUCUUCUUAACAGCAUAAAGUGACAGUAUCUUUUUUCCUGAAGUCAUGAAAUAUGUCUUUUAUCCUGAACAACUUGCCUGUUAGUUACACUAGGGAAAAUGAUUCCCUUACUGAAAAGAUUGCCUUUAAAAUAAGAAACUUUCCUCCUCCUGCCCCUACCUGAACUAAGAGCUCUGUUCUCUCAGUAAAGUCUGUAUUUUUGUGCUAAUCAAUGCUAAUUGGGCUUACGCAUGGGUACUGAGGGCAGGAUAAAGUCCCACCGUGCACAUCGGGUAUGUCCUUACAGCUCUGUUACAUCCAACUGGCAUUUCUCCCCAGGUGCUUUCUGUCUGACCGAAAGUGCUCACGGCUGCCUGGUGCCCCUGCUCCACAGACAGUGUUAGAUUCAGUGAAUCAAAUAAUUUAAAGUCACAAAAACGUAUUUGACAAUUAUGUGGCAAUUUUUAAUAUUCUUGGGCAAUUAUUAUCGGAUAAAAAAUAGUAACAGCCUACACAGCUAGUGCAACAGGGUGAGAAGACACAAGUUACUGAAGGCAAGGCUGUGUUGCCCUCGGGUGUCCAUAGGAGAAGGCGAGGGAAGCACCCCAGUUUUUUUGCAGUGACCCAUAGGCUGCCUAACUGUAAUUUGGGAGGCUGUGAAAGAAGGCAACUUUAACCUUGCCCAGGAUAUCAGCCAGCAGGAAAAUCAGUGCAAACACUGGGGAGAGUGAUGCCCUGUAAAGUGCUGCGCUCAUAGUUUUUCUCACUGAAGUGAAGUGGAAUGAGGGAAGCAGUCUGAUUUUUUUCAGUUAGUCUUUUCCAAAAUUGCUUUCAUAGUACAGCUGUGAAGUGUCCUGCCCGGGGUUAGGACUGAGGAAGGGCUAACUCAGCCCUGAAUUGCCAGAGCAGCAGAAUCCACGACUGUUUCUCCAUUAAAUGUUUUGAAGCUUACUAUUUAACCAGUACAAACUAUAAAAGAGAAAAUCCUGCAGAAAAUUCCUCAGUUGCUUAGAAAUUCAGGAAGGAGGAGGGAGAUUGGAGAUAAAAACAUGAGUUCAGAAGGUGAAAAAAUUUUACAGGAAUACAGAGCAGAAAAACAAGUGGACAAUUGCUAAUUCAAAGGACUCCUAAAGGCAGAGACUAUGGUGAAUAUUCAAAAAUACCAAACCUUAGAUGCCUAAACUGGAAGAGUGGCCUCCACAGGCUCCUUGGGUCCCCCAGAAGGGCAUUUGAGCACCUAAGGCCCAAAAGUUAGGCUAUGACACUUCCCUUCUAGAGUAAAAAAACUGCCCUCGCUAGCACAAGUGACAAACUCAGUUUGGUUGUAUGUAAUCCAACCAUAUUGGUAUCGCAGCAGCUAGUUAAUUAACCCAAAGAAAAAGAAAGAUUUUUCAAAACUAUUUUCAGUACACCGUCAUUGCGUGAUUCAGUUGUGUUAGGAUCUGCUCUCCUUAGCUCAAAACACAUCUAGUCCAUUAACCUGACAGAGAGUUUCAUGCAUAUAUUGCCUUGAAGAGAAAAUCCCUUCUGGGGAAGCCUGGUCCAAAACCUUUUGAAGUGUUCCCAUGGAUUUCAACAGAUUCUGGAUCAGCUCUUGGUCUUGGUCUUGGUCUAUUUAAACAGUAAAGGGUUUUUUUCUGCUUUAAAUACUGAGAAUAGUGAACGUAAAAUGAAAUAUAUCUCCUUUGUGGUGUUCAGCCCUUACUAUGAUAAUGAAGAUCUAGCACUGAAGAUUUGAUUUCUCUGAAGGUAAUAGAAUGAAAGUUACCCUUCAAUAAAGGAAAAAUGAUACUGCAACUUUACAUUGAAAAAGUAUCUUGCACUGAUAAAUAUAUUUAAAAAAAUUAUAUGUUUAUAAAGUUAUUAAUUUGUAAAGGCAGUGUUACAAAAAUGUUCGGUUUAUAUUGUUUUAGAUUGUUUCAUAAUUUUUAAAGUGUAAAAUAACAUAUUUUUUUCUUUAUUGAAAAACUAUAAAAAUCUUCUGUAGUAAAAUGAUUUCAUUUUACUGGUAUAUUAUUGCUUCAUGUUUUGUACCAUCAUAAAACUUUGUGCAAAUUUUUUUUACAGAAAUUUUUAUUUUCUAUGACAAUAUGACACUUGUAAAUUGUUGUUUCAAAAUGAACAGCGAAGCCUUAACUUUAAAUGACAUUUGUAUUCUCAGACACUGAGUAGCAUAAAAAAAAAUCACAUAGAACUGAACUGUAAUUUAAAUUUCCAAACUAUGACUACUACAUUCCAAAGAAACAGUUGAAUUAAACAUUUUCAUAAAAUAUCCCA